UGGCUUCUAAUCCUAGAAUUAGCCAUGCUGGCAAUUCAUGUGUAGUGAUUUUUAGAUAUAUAUUUAUUUUUAUUAUGUUUCAUAAGAAGAAAGGAUAUUUGUAGUGAUAUCCUAUGUUUAUUUGCUAUUGUAUUGUAAUUUGAAUUUAAGAAAAAAAAAGAAUUUGACUGCGUGUGAACGGGGCGAAAUGAACGUAAAGGCUACACACAAUGAUUUGCUCUUUUGUUUCAGUUAACGAUUUUAUUCAUUUCCACCGACCAAAGAGCUCAGGGAGUUAUACUGAACCAAAUGGCUCGCGUUAUUUGUUAGCAAGCGAAUUGUGAGCAGCAAAUCAUUGUUCCUCGAUAGCUGUUGAGCUAGCCAGUCUGCUAACGUUUCGCAUUUGUGUUAGCUCAGCGAAAUAGCUACAGACAGAAGCAAUGCCCAGGUAACUGUCAUCAAUGCAUUCGACACCUAGCGUUGUGUGACACUCAGUCUCCCCACCAUGAAACUGGUUCGCCUCCUGUGUCGUCACAAGACGGCUCUGGCCAUUGCAGGAGUCUGCCUAUUUGCUGUAGUCGUCCUCUUCCUCGCCAAGUGUACCUCCGAGACCCUGAAACAGGGCCAGGUCAACCCUCCAGGCCUUGCACCCCACGCUGCCCACUCCCGGCCCAGAGCAGAGGACCCCAAGCCCCCCUCACGCCCCAAAGACCUCUCAGCCUUCCUUGUGGUCCUCAUCACCACAGGACCCAAGUACACAGAGCGGCGGAGCAUUAUCCGCAGCACAUGGCUGACUAAGAAGGACCCGGAGGUUCUAGCUAUGUUUGUGGUGGGAACCGAGGGUCUACUGGCCGAGGAUAUGCAGAACCUCAACACAGAGCAGGGCCGACACAAAGACCUGCUCUUACUCCCCGAGCUACGGGACUCGUAUGAGAACCUGACUCUGAAGCUGCUGCACAUGUACUCAUGGCUGGAUCACAAUGUAGACUUUAAGUUUGUUUUAAAAGCAGAUGACGACACCUUUGCUCGCCUGGACCUGCUGAAGGAGGAGCUAAAGACUAAAGAACCCAGCCGGCUGUACUGGGGGUUCUUCUCAGGCCGCGGUCGUGUCAAAACUGCAGGGAAGUGGAGGGAGUCGGCUUGGGAGCUGUGUGACUACUACCUACCUUACGCCCUGGGUGGAGGCUAUCUGCUCUCCUGCGACCUAAUCCACUACGUGCGCAUCAACGCUGCCUUCCUCAAGGUGUGGCAGAGCGAGGACGUGUCGCUGGGUGCUUGGCUGGCCCCCGUGGACGUCAAACGGAUGCACGACCCACGCUUCGACACGGAGUACAAGUCACGGGGCUGUAGUAAUAAGUACCUGGUGACCCACAAGCAGAGCCUGGAGGAUAUGUUAGAGAAACAGCAGACACUGCAGAGAGACGGGAGGUUGUGUAAAGAAGAGGUUAAACACAGACUGAGUUAUGUAUACGACUGGAGCGUCCCGCCAUCCCAGUGCUGCCAGAGGAAGGAUGGAGUACCCUGAUAACCCCUGACCCUCUCUGACCCUGUCCAUCCUCACCGAUGUUUUCCCAGGCAGUAUGGUGUUCUCCCCCACCUCCCCUCUUGUUCUGUUGCCCUUCAACUAAAACAUUUGUGUUGACCUCCAUAGAACGUGUCUGUUAUGGCAGCCUGCCUAUGAAAAGACCUGAGGAAAACACUGUUUCCUUUCCCUUUUUAUAUGUUUACUUGUUUAUUUAUUCUGGUGCCCUCACUGACUCACUGAAGCUCUCACAGACAAAGCAGAUUGACAAAAGGUGCUUUUCCUUAAAGGAAUUGUACAGUCACCUCUCAUGGCAGACCUUGUGGAUCUGCUGCCAUGGGUUUGGGUUUUCUGUUUAACAGAAGUACUGAGUGGAGGGGGAGCCAGGCCAUUUAGGAUCUUGAAUACAAGAGAUGCGUCGAUGUAUUGCACAAGAUUUUUCCAACUCAGGAGCUCAUGCUUUCUGAGGAUGUGACAGUGAUGAUGGCUAUUGGGCUUCCUAUCAAGCACUUUGAGAGGCUGUUUGUAGAUAGACUGAAUGGGUUUUAAUGUUGUACAGCAAGAUUGGGCUCAACUAGUGAAGCAGUAUGUUAAGUGGGGGAGUAUCAUAGUACAGUUUUGCUACCUCAGUAGUCACAAUUUCGUAUGAAUCAGAAAAUAGCGAGGUUGAGUUAUGUUUUUUUCACCUGCUUUUUUAAAGAGAGGUUGGAAUCAAGUAUGAUGCCAAUGUACUUAAAAUCGGACACCACUUGGAGCUUCUCCCCUGACACGUAGACAUCUGGCUCAGUAGCAUCAGUUGCCCUCUUUGUGAAGAACAGGCAGACAGUUUUUUUUCACAUUGAGAUGCAAACAUGAGUCACUGAGCCACUUUGUAACCUGGACCAUUACAGUAGUGAGUUCUUGUGCAGCUUGUUGUUUGCAUGCACAUAUAUCACCUGCAUACAUUUGAACUUCAGACCCAGUAUAGACAGAAGGCAGAUCAUUAAUGUACAGGCUGAAUAGGGGGGGCCCCAGUAUUGAGCCUUGGGGCACGCCCACAUCAGAGUGGGCGACAGUUCAUUGCUAACUGACACACUGGGUUCUGUCUUCAAGGUAUGAUUUCCUCCAUCUCAUUCCUCUCUCUAUUUAUAUAUUCCUGGGGUCUGUCUUGAAGUGAAAGUGGACCUAUUGGUGAAUGUGAUGAAGGUGAUUAUCUUGAUAUGAAUAUGGUGCUUAUUACCUAUUGAUGAGGAACAAUGGUCCAGAAUUAUAUAUUCAGGGCUUGAUGGUGUUUGGAGUUGUAUUGAGGUUAAAUAUGUAUAAUGUUGGCCUCUCUCCUCUCCCCUGAUUAUUGAGAGCCUGUUCUGUUCUGCUGGGAGAUUUAACCCACCUGCUGUCUGUGUUUGGUUGACGUAUUUGCAAAGCCCAGUGAUGCCCAACAGAGCUGUGUAAGGGGUGUGUGUGUUCAGCUGAGCUUCUGUAUUGGCAGUUUUCCAGCUGGCAUUUGGUUACUUUUCAACAAACGAAAAAAUAACUGCUUCCAUUAAAGAUGUUGAAAAACAGUGUGACUGUCCUCUCCUCAUCACCAGUGUUGUUUAAAAACGUUUUGUCACACAACUUCAAAUUGAAUUGUUUGUUUAAAACAUUUUGACCUAUUGAACAUUUCAUUGAAAUGCUUUUGAAAAGUGUAUUUUUUUUAUAAAAUCUUUAUUAAGCAGUUAUUUGUUGGAAUAAAAUACCAUCCACUUUUGUUACUAAGACAAAAGCCAGCAGACUUAGAGCUGUUGUAGCAAUAUAUUGUUUUGGCACAGUUUUCUGGAACUGAGAUUGAUUAAUAGGUACUCAUAUCAAUAUGUAUACACCUAUACUUAUUGGUACUGUAUAUCUGUCAUUUAGGAAUAAAGAGUGUUGUACGCUAAGCUAUAUAA